AUGUCUGAACUCAGCGUCUACGACAACGACCCAACCAUAUACCUCUUCACCUCGCUAACUGCUGGCUCCUCGCACAUCAUCACUGCCACCUCGCGAAUCGAGACAAUCCUGAAGGCGAACAAGAUCCCGUUUAAAGGGGUAGACACUGCGACGGAUGAGCUUGCCCGGAAGCUGUUCCAGCGGAGAGCAAGUGGCAAGAAGCUGCCCCUGAUCGUGAAGGAGGGAUAUGUUCUAGGCGGUAUCACCGAAAUCGAAGAAUGGAACGAAUACGACGAGAUCAGAGAGGCCCUAGGUGUCACCUCUGCCUUUACCCCUUUUCCCGCGAAACCUGGGCCCCCGCCCAUGGCAGCACCAGUCUCCGCCGCGUCCGCAUCGUCCAAGGGCGCAUCCAAGAAGGAGGAUGUCCCGCUCCUUAGCCCGGAAACGAAUCUUGCGCUCCGUCAGCUGGGUGCCGAGGCCGCAAAGAAGGCCGCGUCGUUGAAGCCUACUCCUGGCAACAUCAAGACGACGAAUCCAUUGCUGGCCGAGAAGACGAAUACCCCGACUUCAGCUUCAUCCAUGAAGAGCCCUAUCAAGGAGGAACUCGCUGGUAUUCUCUCGCCCAGGUCCGUUCCGCUUCCCGAUACGCCCAAGGCUGCGACGCCGACUACACCGAGUGCGACCAAGGAUUCCAAGGCUGUUGAGUCGGCAAAGGCGGACGAAAAGGUAGCUGAAAAGACAGAUGAAAAGGUAGUUGAGAAGGUAGACGAAAAGUCAGACGAUAAGGCAGAGGUGAAGACGGAUACAAAGGAUGCCGAGACGGACGCAAAGGAAGUGAAGGUAGAGGUAGAGCCAGAGGCAAAGCCAGAGGCAGAGGCCAAGGUAGAGGUCAAGGCUGAAAAGGCGGAGGCAAAGGCCGCAGCAAAGCCUACUGCCAGCAAAGACACCAAGUCCAAAAACACAAAAGCAAAGGUCACCACAUCAAAGGACAUCAAAUCAAAGGACACAAAGUCAAAAGAUACCAAGACAAGCUCCUCAUCCAAGACAUCCACGUCAAAAGCGACGCGCAAACCCACAGGCGGUCUCUUUGGUCUGGGAAAGCCUGCGCCAAAGUCCAAAUCGAAAUCGACGUCUGCUAGCAAGACAACAACAACAACCAAGUCAAAAGACGUAAAGUCAAAGGAUGCAAAGACAUCAAAAGAGACGGCUGGAAAGGCCGUUCCAAAGAUCUCUGACGUACAGAAACCCGUCUCGAUGCCUCCUUCGAUGCAUGACGACGCCAAGAACCCUGAGCUAAGUGCUGGUCCAAUAAGUACAACCCAAGAGGACGCUAGCAAGAACGAGGAAGAAGUCGAGAAGGAGGAAGGUUCUGAAGAAGAGGCCUCCGAGGAAGAAGAAGACGAUGAUGACGAUGACGAAGAUGAAGAGACGUCAGACGAGGAAACUACCACAGAAGCCGCCGCAAAAAGCAAACCAGCGGCGGCGGCGGCAGCACCAGCACCAGCACCAGCAGCACAGAAAAUCGUGUCAGCUGAAGAGGAGAAGAAAGAGGAGGAAGAUGACGAUGAUGAUGACGACGACGAAGACGAUAGCGAAGAGGAAGAGGAGGAAGCAGCAAAGACGCAGAAACAACCUGCUGCCGCCCCAGCAAAACCCGCUGCUGCUAGCGCCAAAGAGUAGACUUGUCUCCCCCGCCUUCUUUUUUUUUUCCUUGUAUUACAUACAUCUCGUUCUUCGUCCUUGGAACUAGUCGUGUCUAGCCCAGGACAAGAAGAAGGGUGAAAAUGUCGUGUGAGAGUAAGAGUAGGAAUGAGUACGCGAUGAGAGUUUCUUGUUGGCACUUUGCGCGCUCGCUCGCUCGUUUGUUCGUUCGUUUGUUCGUUCAUUUGGCGGCGGUUUUUCUUCUUCCUUCCUUUCUUCCUUCCUUCCUUUCUUCCUUCCUUCCUUUCUUCCUUCCUUCCUUCCUUCUUUGCUCUAGGUGUAGACGUACGGGACGGGACGGGACGGGGGUUCUUUUUCUUCUUAUUCUUCUUCUCUUUUUUUUUCUGUAUUACCUUUCUUUAUUCGAUCCCUUUUUUCUUUUCACCCCCGCAAUAUAAACAUGC